AUGUUGACCAUGGUCAUCAGGUUUCCAUCGCUGAACUUGGUGACGGAAGGCAAAAAUGAGCCGGCGCCGGAGCGCUCCGUGGCAUUACAGCUGUCUCUGAAGCGCUUGGCGGAAGUGAUGUCGGCCGUGAAUCAGUUGAGUGCAGAUACGCACAUAGCUUGCAUCAUCGAGGGGAAGGCGUUGGUGCUCUAUGCGCUGUUGCCGUCCGGCUUGGGGUCGCUGAUUUCCUACACACCCGUUGUAGAAGCAUAG